AUGAGUAACGGGAACACGCCGACUGUCCCCGAUGAUGUGAGCAAACCUCCUGAGGGAGUGGUCUUGCCACCGAAGGACAUUCGAGCGAUUGUUGAGAAGACAGCUGGAUAUGUCACUCGAAACGGUGCCGUCUUUGAAGACCGUGUGCGCGAAAAAGAACGGAACAACCCCAAGUUCUCCUUCCUGAACUCGAAUGACCCGUAUGCACCAUUCUACCAAUGGCGUCUCACUGAAAUCAAGGAGGGGAGAGGGAGUGAUGUGUCUGCUGGCCGCCCAGGCGAGCCCACCCCGACUCCAGCACCCGAAGCACCUAAAGGACCUGCGCCACCUCCGGAGUUUCACUUCUCAGCACGAAUGCCGAUAAUCAACGCGCAAGAUCUUGAGGUCGUCCGGCUCACAGCUCUUUUUGUCGCUAAACGGGGCAAGUCCUUUAUGACGGCUCUCUCCCAACGAGAAGCUCGGAACUUCCAGUUCGAUUUCCUCCGCCCACAGCACAGUCUUUACCAAUUUUUCACGAGGUUGGUUGACCAAUAUACCAUACUUCUCCGUCCUGAGGGAGUAGAUGAAGCUACUUCUCAGAAGAAGAGAAUUGCGGAGUUGGAGCAGAACGUGAAGAACAAGUUCCAUGUCUUGGAGCGCGCAAAGAAACGCGCGGAAUGGGUCAAAUAUCAGGAGCAACAGAAAAUAAAGAAGGAGGAAGAAGAGGAGAACGAGCGGAUUGAGUAUGCGCAAAUCGACUGGCAUGACUUUGUGGUUGUGGAAACGGUUCUUUUCACCGAAGCAGACGAUCAAGUCGACCUCCCUCCUCCGACCUCUCUCACCGACCUGCAAUCCGCUUCGCUAGAACAGAAAGCGAUGAUGUCGCUGAACCCUCUCCGCAUCGAAGAAGCUAUGCCCACAGACAUGGAGACUCCCACAUACUACAACGCAUACCCCGCAUACCCCGCGCAGCCCGAACCUCAGCCCUUCGUCCAACCCGUUGGUCCGGUAUACUCCCCACAGCCACCGCCUCAAGGAAUUCCUACUCCACCAGUCGCUGCGACAGCUGCAGCUCAGGAAGAGGAACAGCGCAUCCGGGAGCGCAUGGAGGCUCGAGAACAAGCCGCAGCUGCCAAAGUCGCGCCCAGCCAACAACCAAUGCGGAUCCGCUCCGACUACGUCCCCCGCGCACAAGCGCGCCGCCAGAAUGCCGCGGGAGCCAUGGCCCUUUGUCCAAACUGUAAGCAGCAAAUUCCCGAAGCCGAGUUACAGCAACACAUGCGUAUCGAGAUGCUCGACCCCCGCUGGCGAGAACAGCAGGCCAAGGCCCAGGCUCGAACUGCGACGACCAACCUGUCCACAGCAGACGUCGUCAACAACCUCAAGCGACUUGCCAGCCAACGAAGUGAUGUCUUCGAUUCGACUGCCCUCCAGCCCGUUCCUGACCCAGAGGAAGAGGCCAGGAAGAAGCGCAUGGCAUUUGAAGGGGCUCAGCAACAACCGGUCGGACCUAUGGGUGGCCCACUAAACCCUCAAAACAUGAAUCUCGAGGAGCAGAUCAGGAAUAUCCAUGAGCGGUACAAGCAAUGA